ACGUCAUUAUUCUGACGCCUGCUGCGGUAUUUUGUUUGUUUUUAUUUUAUACCAAAUCUAUAAUUUCGUUUUCUAACAUAAUUUUUACAUUUACAAGAUUGGUAGUGGAUACCUUUUAGGCCAGCUGAAUGUAGAAAUUUCCAGGACUAUACAUUACCAGUACAAACAAAAUAUUUCAAUGAAAGUCCUGUUAUUAGUGUAAAACACAACAGAUGCAAAAGCCUAAUAUUUUGAUAAAUUCGAUUAAAUUAGUGCUAAAGUCUUUCAAAUGCCGAAAAAGAAAAACCAGUGCCGUCUCAAUACUGGAGAUUUUUCAAUAAAUGACUCAGCCAAUGCACCAAAGCCAGUGAGCCGAGUUAAAAAGUCAACUACUGUAGAAAAUGUCCCUCCUGAACUUUCCUGGGAUGAAAUCCCUGAUGAUGAUUUCGACAUUGUUGAGGAAGUGAACUCAGAUGGAACUAAAAACUUUGUGUACAAGAAAAAGAAGCGAAGUACUAAAUGUGAGCAAGAAAACAUAGAAGACCGCCCUGGAAUAGAAUACCCAGAAAUUGUGUGGUAUUUGAUAUCAAAAUAUAUAAAACCUGAGGAUAUCGGGCGUUUUGCAGGGAUCAAUAAAGCCACUUAUGCUAUAACAAAAAGGGAGUCAUUUUGGAGAGAGCUAUAUUCUACGUAUUGCGAAUACUCUCGUAGCCUACCUACAAGUCUGAGGUUGGAGAAUAGUUUUAAAUAUUAUGGAUUAAGACAAAGAGUAAUACGAGCACUGCAUUACACUUAUGAUGUGUUUACUAAGAGGGUUGUUGUCCUGUCAGCCCAUGAUAGCCGGCCACAUGAGUUGGUGCGGAGGCGCUGCGUCAAUGUCUGGUACCUGAAAUGCAAUUCGUAUUGGGUUGUUUACUUCAAGUUUAAGAAGAUUCAUCCUCUGCAGAAAAAUGAAUCAAGUAUUGCUGCUGACUUCAUAGAGGAGCUCGGAAGAAUAGAUGCUAAUCCAGAGGAAGACUCAAAGGUUUUGCAGGUAACCUCCAUAAACUUCUGCCAAGUGCCUCCACUGAUGGGCAUGACCUUAUCUUCUGUCAGCGUAGUGUUAUCCCCAGGGUUCAGGCACCACCGAAUGCAGUUGGGGUUUAACAGCGGGGUACAUAACAUAUCCAGGGACAUAUUACCAGAAUGUUCCGUAGUUCUAGACACUGUGCUCAAAAUAGCGGUUCACGACUGGUGGAAUCCGAAAUAUCCUUAUUUUGACAACCAGUUGCCUGCCAGAGAUGAGGAAUCCAAGCCAGUGCUGAAGGAGAGUUUCUUCACGUCAUGUGAUACUGAUUUAGGAUAAGUGUGAUGUGUGUAGAGAUAAAUAAAUGAAUGUUAUAAUUUUGUUACGA